AUGUCCAUGUGGCUCUCAGGCGUUCAAAUGGUGGCCAUGAACUACCAGACCAACGACACUGGCCUUCUCUUGAAUCAGGGCUUGUUCCGACAUUACAAUGGCAGUUGUGGCUAUGUGCUGAAGCCCUCCAUCGAGCUUGUGCCAAACCGUGCACCAAAGAGGCUUUGGCUUUGCAUUUGCUGCGGCCACCGCUUGCCAAAACCUGAUGGGAGCCGAAGCAGCGAGGUGAGUUCUCCCCACGUGCUGGUCUCCUUGUUCCCUGGUGGCCAAGUCUCACAGACGCCACAGGUGAACCAGGAUGGCUACCAUCCAGUCUUCAACCACGAGGUUAUUCUGGAGAUUUCCGAGAGUCCUUUGCACAUCCUGACCUUCGAAGUGUUUGACAAAGGGCGUCCCAUGGCCAGAAGUGCUCUGAAUCUGGAUGCUGUCCGUGAAGGCUUUCGCUGGCUCUCGCUUCAAAGCCCCCAGGGCCACAGCAUUCCUCGAUGCGGGCUGCUGGUGAAGGCUCAUUUUCAGAGCGGCAGUCGGGCUGCAAAGAAUCAGUCCCACUGCUAG